AGCGCACUGAGCAUCUUCCCAGUCUUUACUGACGUUAGCUCAAACUUUAGCGUACAUCGUCCACACUUCGAAAGUGACUGAGGACUAUGUCGUAUGUAGGCUCUGAUGAGUUGGAUGAUGACCGCAGUAAAUUCGGGCAAUAUGAAGGGGACAGGAAUGAAGCAGGGGAGAGGCACGGAGUCGGGAAAGCUGAUCUGCUCAACGGAGACAUAUAUCAGGGUCGGUACGAGUACGGCUCGAGGCACGGACAGGGGACAUAUCGCUUCGAGAAUGGGGCAAGAUAUGUGGGAGACUAUUACCAGAACAAGAAACAUGGACAGGGCACCUUCUACUAUCCAGAUGGCUCUCAAUAUGAAGGGUCGUGGGUUGAGGACCUGAGGCAGGGUCAUGGGGCCUACACGUACCCCAACAGAGACACGUAUGAUGGAGAGUGGCUGCUUCAUAUGAGGCAUGGACAGGGCAUUUACCACCACAGUGAAACCGGCUCAAUGUACAAAGGCUCAUGGGUGAAUGGCAAGAUGGAGUCAGCUGGAGAGUAUAUCCACUCUAACCACAGAUACAAGGGCAACUUUGUCAACAAUAGUCCACGCGGUCUGGGGAAGUACGUGUUCGACACUGGGUGUGAGCAGCACGGUGAAUACCAUCAAGCAGAGCAGAAACUCCAGCCAGCGACUGAUGAGGAGAAUGGUAAACAUAUAAAAACACAGAAGUCGCCCUACCCGGGCUCCAGAGACGGUUAUCUCACUUUAGGGACCUCAGGAGGAGCAGAGGAGGAUCGAGCUGAGGGCGAGUUGGCCUCAACCACCGCCCUCAAUUGGAUUCCUAAGUAUGUCACGGGCCUGACGCUGUGGACUCCAGGCAAAGACACUUCAGGUGGGGAAAAGGAAAGCUCUUCAGCAGAGGAGGGAGCAGAGAACUGACCUGUGAUAUCAAUCCACAAUCCUGCAUCUUUCAACCUGUUUACAAAGCAAAACAACAUAAAUAUACUCAUACAUAUGUAAAUAAAUCUGUUAAGCUUGUGUUUUCCCAUGAAGGUGUGUGGUUGUAGCAACUGGAAACUUUCCAUUGCCUACUGUAAUGAAUUACCAUUGGAUGUAUACAGUGUGCACUUUUCAUACAGUGCCGUGCCAUUCUGUGGCAGUUUACAGAGCAACGUAUAUCUUCUUAUGUGAGAAGGGAAACUUUAUCCUAAUAAUGUAACCAAAAAUAACAACCCCCAUUACAAGUUUAACCUUAGUACAGUAGCUGCAGAGCCAGUCGAAGCCUUUUCGGGGCCCUAAGCAAGUUUCAGUUCGGGGCUCCAAGCAGCUCAUUAGUUUAAGUCAUAUCCAUUUUUAUUUGUAUAGCGCCAAAUCACAACAGAAAGUAUCUCAUGAGAGUUUUCGUAAAGAGCAGCUCUAGACCGUACCCUUCAAUUUACAGAGACCAACCAUUUCCCCAUGAGCCAGCAGCGACCCUUUACCAGGAAGACCUGGAACAGAACCAGGCUCUGAGUGGGCAGUGAGUUUACCAAAUAUGCCUCAGACCGCCAAGAACUGCAAAACUAGCAGACCCGACUAGGAGUCCCCUGUAUUUCUCAUACUUCAUUCUGUUCAAUGCACUUCACUCAGUGUUACAUUCUGAAGAACAUGUGUGAGUGAAAGAGCAUAGGGAGUGAGGUGGACUCCUGGAGGCUUUCAGACAACUUAUAUGCUUUAUGAUUAGCUUCUAUCAAAUGAAUGGAAACAAAUUGAGCUGACUAAAAGGAAAUAUGUGCUGAAAAUACCAAGUGUGCUCAGACAAAUGUAGGGGAGGAUUCAUUGUUUGGAAGAGCUGAUUUAGUAGCUGCUAAGAAAUCAAUUCGUUAUUAUUUCACAAACAAACACAUUCUCUUUGUCCAUAAUAAUUCUUCAAGGUGUAAAAAUCUUGAUUAAAAUCAUUUAGACAUGUUUUUCGAUCUUGUUGUAAAUUUGUUUUCAUUGAGUGAAUCUUAUAUCAGCCUUAAAUAUGAACAGUAGUUGUGAACAACACAGAGAGCUCAUGGUUCAAUAGAACAAGACGUGGUUUACAGUUUGAAGUGACUGAAGGUCAGAGAA